AUGUGCAUGUUACAGCCAUCAUCCUUCACCAAAUAUCAGAUGUUUCCCGUACACCAAGAGUUCAGAAGGGCUUUGGAUGAAUUUUCCCCUUACAACAAAAGAAUACCAAGAGCAAUCAAAGCAACGCCUACACCUCGAUUUUUGGCUUCCCUCACGUCUCUUUCUUGUUCAACCGCGAACUCUACAGAGUGCAUUGCGUUGACCCCUGAGCAUCCGAAACGUGCUAAUGAAAAUGUCCGAUUGCUCGUUACAACCAAUCACGCACCAGAACAUCAAGAUCAAACAAGCCCAAACAAAAGCAAAAUUCUACACUAUCCAAUCUGCAUGUGA